CGAAAUGAUUCACUCGCCGCGCGGGGAAAAAAAGCCACCAUUUCCCCCCUGAAAGAAUUCACACAGGCGCACGCUCCUCCCUUCACUUAGCAACCCGAGCACGUAGCAACGGCUGGACCAAUGGGCGUUCUUCUAGAGGUUCCACCGACUGUGGUUCCUUAGCAACGCGGGAAAAAAAAAUUGCGCUGACGUCCAUUCUAUUAUGGUCUGUCGGGAAUUCAGAGUGACUGCCUGGGACUGGAGAAAGAUAUCUGCUCUGCUAGCGUUAGCGUCCACUAAGCUAACUGUAGGUAGCACUGGAGUAAACAUGGAGCUGUCUGCCGUCGGGGAGAGGGUGUUUGCUGCCGAGUCUAUAAUCAAACGGAGGAUAAGGAAGGGUCGGAUUGAAUACCUUGUGAAAUGGAAGGGCUGGUCUCCCAAAUACAGCACCUGGGAACCAGAGGAGAAUAUUUUGGACUCCCGCCUGUUUGUCGCUUUUGAGCAGAGGGAGCGUGAAAGGGAGCUCUAUGGGCCCAAAAAGAGAGGACCAAAACCCAAGACAUUUCUGCUUAAGGCUCAGGUUAAAGCCAAAUCCUAUGAGUUCAGGGGUGAUGCAGUCCAAGGGAUGCACAUCACCUACCCAACCCCCGAGCCUGUUGUCACCCCCAGGGCCAGAGAGGGCCUUAGAGCCGUCGUUCCCACCAUCUUCCCGCCAAGUACUGUAAACCGCGGAGAAAGCGUACGUGUCCGACCACCAGAACUGAGCACCCGUGAGUACCGGCAGCCUUCCCUUCAGCAUAUCGGUCCAGACGGACUACUCCACGUACCCAAAAAAAGAGGCCCAAAGCCUAAACCCCGCUUCAAGGACAGCAGCUGCAGCCCUGUGGUCUCCGAACCCCACAAGAGGAGAGCGGAGGAGCAGGUGAGCCACAGCCAUCACAAACUGGCUAAGCUCCAGGGGGGGGAAGAGACGAGGCUGAUCAAAGUGUCCCACAGACACCCAGAGAGCCAUGGUCACAAACCCCACCACCAUCACCACCACCACCACCAUCACCAUCACCUCACACACAACCGGGGAAGCUCCUACAAGCAGCUGUACUCUGAGCGCAGCUUGCAUCCACACAGAACCGACCCGGACACACACAGGACUAAGGACAGCUCCACGUACCUGGCACCUGUGCACUUUAAGCACCAGUCCAAAAUGAGCCAGGGCUCGAGUCGCCCCGCUGAGCUUCCACAGAUGGAAAAGCCUUACUUUUUGGACAGGCCGUCCCCGACCAGGCUCGACGUCGACUUGGAUGAAGUGGCGUGGAGGCCCUCUAUCGGCGACGUGGAAAAGGUCUUAGUGACGGACGUGACCACAAACUUCCUGACCGUCACCAUCAAGGAGAGCAGCACUUCGAAAGGCUUCUUCAAGGACAAAAGAUGAUUUUUUUUUUUUUUUUUUUUUUUUUUUACUGAUUUCUUUAUGCAACGCUUUGUUUUUCUCUGACAGAAUAAUUCUGAAGCUUAUAGGGCAUAGUGUAAUUAUUAAGCAAAGCCGUUUUUUUUGUAUGUAAUGUAUAAAAGCAAAUUACAUAAUGUGCAUACUGUAUGUGUAUAUAUUAUAAAGUCGGACAUCUGUUUUAAUGUAUUGACCAAAUCAAAUGAAGUCCAUUUGACAUCUUGCAUUGGUUAACAUGAAGGAGUUGGCUACUUUUCUGUACAGAGCUUGUGAAUUUAACUAUUCUGCAAUUGUUACUAACUAGAAUGUAUUAUUAUUAUUUUAUCUUUUUCUUCUUCUUUGUUGACUCUCAUAUCUUCCAGCCUGAGCACAUUAUGGGAAGUGAGGCUUAGAUAUUAAAUUCAGUCUAUGGAUUGGGUAUCUCUCUAUAAUUUGAACUGAUUAGACUGACUAUACCCUGUUCAAUUCAAUAGGGUUGAUAUUUAAAAAAAAAAUGUACUCAAGCACUUUGAAUUCAAAAUGUAUUAAGAAAUAAUCCGUUUGUGUUGUAUUCAAAGACCGAGUCUGUCUCGGAUAUUUUUUUUUUUUUUUUUUUUUAAUGUCUCUAACAUUUCUAAUUGUAAGAUAAGUUAAUACAUUCAAAACAGAAAAACUCGUUUGAGUUUUCCCAAGGUGUGUGUAUAACUACAUAUUUCCAUUAACAUGGUAUAUUUUACAUGUUCAUAAAAAACCGUUCAUAAAGCUUUAAUGUAAGAAGAUAAUUACAGAGUUGGUGUCCAUUUGCUUUUUAGACGCUUUACAAUAAAUCCUUUGACUUUU